AUGACGUCGCAAAUUCCCAACCAAACCAACGCACUGAUCAUUGAGGGCAAGGGACAGGCUGCUGUCAAGCAGGUCAAAACGCCUGUGCCCAGCGAUACGCAGAUCCUUGUCCAAGUGCACAAUGUGGGCCUCAACCCGACCGACUGGAAGCACCUCGACUUUUUCCCGCAGGUCGGCACGACGGUCGGCUCUGACUAUGUAGGAACGGUCGUCCAGAAAGGGGCCAAGGCUGGCACGGAUAUCGCAGUCGGCGACCGUGUGGCCGGCUCGGUCCACGGUAGCUGGGAAGUGGGUGUUGGCGCUUUUGCCAACUACCUAACGACUUCUCCCGAGUCGGUGACGCGUAUUCCUAGCAAUGUGCCCGACGAGGAGGCCGCAGGUAUCGGCAUCGGUGGUUACACGGCCUACUUUGGCCUCUUUCAGGACAAGCACCUUGGCCUGACUGCGCCGGACGCGUCCAGUACGACCCUGCCGCCGGUCGACCAGAGCAAGAAGCUGCUGGUCUGGUCGGGCUCUACGUCAGUGGGCCAGUUUGUCAUUCAGUUUGCGCGUGCCGCCGGGUUGUAUGUGAUCACGACUGCCUCGCCCAAGAACCAUGCCUUCCUAAGGGUCCUUGGUGCGGCAGAGACGUUUGACUACUCUGACACAACGACGCCGGACAAGAUUGCCGAGGCACACCCCGACCUCGUGUACGCGUACGACACCUUUUCCGAAAGGGGAUCCCAAGAGGCGAGUGCGCGUGCGCUGUCCAAGAUGCAGCCUUCCAAGCUGGUCGUUAUCCUUCCGCUAAGCAACGAAAUUAGCAAAGUGAACGACAAGGUCAAAGCCACCUUUUUCCUCUUCUACUCGAUGAUUGGCAAGGAAAUCGAUAUCUACAGCACACACAUCUCCCAGAAAGAGGCCGAGGAAGAUGCUGCGUACUUGCGUGAAUUCACUAGCAGCGGCGCCUUUUCAAAGAUGCUUGCGCACGGCCUCGUGAAACCGAACCGCACGUCGCCACAGACCGGUGGCCUGCAGGCGAUUCCUGCGGGCUUGGACCGUUUGCGCCAGAACAAGGUCACGGGCGAGAAGCUUACCUAUGCACUGUAG